AGGGGAAGCCGGCAGCGAUGGCGGCUUCUUCGGGCGGCCGCCGGGCGGUGCAGCAGGAGGAGCUGCGGCGGCUGAUGCGGGAGAAGCAGCGCCAGGGCAAAGACCGGAAGCGGCUGGACUCGCCCUUCGCCAAGUACAACCGCCUGGGCCAUUUGAGCUGCAGCCUCUGCAACGCCCCGGUGAAGACGGAGCGUUUAUGGCAAACGCACGUCCUCGGAAAACAGCACAAAGAGAAAGUAGCGGAGCUCAAAGGCGUUAAAGACACGGUCCCGGGCCCCGCUGCCCCCUCGCCCCCUCAUCCCGCCAAGAGAAAAGCUGGCGACGCCGAACUCGACGGAACAAAGAAGAAAAACGGCUCGAGUAACCAGGCACAGGUGUCGUCAUCUGGAUUGCCCACAGACUUUUUUGACAGAGCAGGGAAGGAGUCCGCGAAAGUUUCGGGGCUGUCUUUAAUUGCUGCGAGCUGCGGAGAAGAAGAAGAGGAGGAGGAGGAUGAAGAGGAGGAAGGAAAAGAAAAGAGCGGCUCUAGCCAAAUCUUGCCCAAGGGGCAGAAAUCUGAAUUUCCUCCUCCCACUCAAGAGAAGGAGGCACCUAGCGGGCUCCCAGCCGAUUUCUUCGACACAGGCGGUCCGCCUGCUCCUCUAGUGUCCCAUUCUGGGUCGAUUCUGAAAGCGGAAAUCCAAGAAAAGGAGUUGGAGAGGAAGGAAAACACUGCCGAAGCUUUACCGGAGGGUUUCUUUGACGACCCUGAAGUGGAUGCCAAGGUCCGCAAGGUGGACGCUCCGAAGGACCAGAUGGACAAAGAGUGGGAUGAGUUUCAGAAGGCCAUGAGGCAGGUCAACACGAUUUCAGAAGCCAUAGUGGCGGAAGAGGACGAGGAGGGGCGCCUGGAUCGGCAGAUUGGUGAAAUCGAUGAACAGAUAGAAUGUUACCGGAGGAUCGAAGCCCUGCGGCACCGCCAGGACGUUUUCAAGGACAAGCUGAGGGAAUCCCUGCUGCUAAGAGCGGCCCAGGACCAAGCCGACGACGACAACUCCGGCAGCGAGGACGACGGGGAACUGCGGGAUUUGCUGUCCCAGGAUUGGCGGGUGAAGGGGACCCUUUUGUAGGCCAGGAACCCGGGACCCAAAUCCCCCAGGAGGGUGGGGGCCUGACAACAUCUCCCCCCCCCGGGGCGGUUUUCACACCCAAGACCCCAGCUUUUGGUCCCCGGGUGAGUCGGGGGACUGCGGAGGCGCCUUUCUGUAAAUAACGUCCAACCAGGCUAACUGUUAAACUUCACUAUUAAAUCCUAGCAUCCGUUUGGCCAAAA